CUCUUAAUUAUUUUCCCUAUUCACUAUUCUCCUUAAAAUCAUACGCCUCUACCCACCUUUUUAACCACACCGGGCCCCAAGCAUUUAUCUUCUUCCCCUCCUCUCUUCGUAUAUAAACUCACCAACCUCUUUCAGGUUUUUUCCACCUCUUCAUUUUCUUUUCCUUUCAUUCUCUCUUCGUCAUGGCUAUUCAGUCUGAGUGGUGGUGUUCGGAGAAUCCGGUGUUUCUGUCGUCUGACAAUGCUGCUGCAUUUGCUGCCGGACUUGAUGCUUUCAGUCCUCCUCCUCCGCCGCAACAACAGGUUCAUUUUGUCAAUCAGAAUUUUGGGAAUGUUAUGAUGGCUCCAAUGCAUCCCCAACAAGUCAUGCCGGAUUUUCCCCUCAAUCUUGCUGCCCAGUUUGAGAAACAGAAACUGGAUUUGGAUCGCUUUAUCUGUCUCCAGAACGAAAGGUUGAGAUUUGGUGUUCAAGAACAGAGGAUGGAACAACUGGGUUUGAUCCUGAGGAGCUACGAAGCAAAAACCCAAUUUUUACUGAAAUACAAGGAGGGAGAGAUGAGGGUGGCGAUGAACAAGAGGGCUGAGCUUGAAAGCUUGGUGAAGAGGCUGGAGAGUGAGAAGCAGUCGUGGGAGCAGGUGGUGAAGGAGAAGGAAGCAAUGGUGGCGUCUCUGAGCAAGACGUUGGAAGGGGUGAGAGAGAGCACGUGGGCGGAGGACGCAGAGUCGUGCAACGAUGAAGAUGAUCAAGUACUGUUCUUCCUUGAUCAAGGAAACCACGAGGGGGAGCAAGGUCUGAGAAAGAUGGUGUGCAAAAGCUGUAAUGUUCGGUGUUCCAGCGUCGUGUUUCUGCCUUGCAAACACCUCUCUUCAUGCAAAUCUUGUGAGGCCUUCCUUCAUUCAUGCCCCAUCUGUCGAUUGCCCAAGACAUCCUUUAUCCCAGCCUUACUAUCAUGA